CGUCUGCACCGCACCUCGCGCCACAGACAGACAGGAUGAGGACGUGGACUCGGCUGCUGGUGGCGGCCCUCGCGCUGAGCUCAGCGGCCGUCGUUCUGUCGGCGCCCGUCCCCGAGGACGAGACGGAGGCGCUCGCACGGGACGAGCCCGCCAUCCUGGCCGCCAAGCAGCAGCUCGUCAAGAGCCUGGAGUCGGACAUCGCACGGGCGUCGCUGGCGCGCGCGGCAGCCCACGCGGUGCGCAUGGAGCAGCAGUUCGAGGACGACAUCCUGCGGGAGGCGGUGCAGCGGCUGCGCGAGGACCGCGGCGACCGCGAGAAGACGCUGCGCGACGUGCGCCACAUCGGCGAGCUGAUGCAGCGCGACAAGCGCGCCGUGGACCUGCUCAGCGGGCUCCUGGGCGGCGGCGGCGGCGGCCAGGCUAGCGCCGGCGCAGGUGCGUCGGCGAGUGCGGGAGGCGGCAGCGACUCUGGCAGCAUCCUGCAGCUGGUGCCCAGCCUGCUCGGUUCCAGCUCUGGGGACUCGGCGGACGGCGGCGGCGGCAGCGGCAGUGGUUCCAUCCUCCAGCUACUGCCCAGCCUUCUCGGCUCCAGCUCAGGGAGUGGGGGCGACGACGCGUCCGGUGGCGGCGGCGGCGGCAGCGACAGUGGAUCCAUCCUGCAGCUACUUCCGGGCCUACUGGGCGCCAGCUCCGGGGGCGACUCUGAGGACGGCGGCGGUGGCUCCAACAUCUUGGGUCUUGUCUCUGGCCUUCUGGGAGCCAGCUCAGGGGGUGACAGCAGCGGAGGCGGCUCUGGAGCGGGUUCUGGAAGCUUCCUGUCCAGCCUGUUCGGCAGCAGCUCUGGAGGCGGCGUGGCCCAAGCUGGACCCCCUCCAGCUCCAGGAACGUACGACGACCUGAUCGGUAGGGGUAUCAGCGGCUACGACCCCGUCUAUGUCCUGAGCAACUCCGUGUCUGGAGCACUUAGGGCAAAGUUUUCGGUCUUCAAGACUCUCGUGUCGAACCUGUUGGGCGGACUGCUGGGCGGUAUCGGCGGUUCGAGCAGCGGGGGCGGCGGCGGCGGUGGUGCUGGCGCCAGCGCUGGAGCAAGUAUCGGCGGGUCUGCAGGGGGCGCAGGCGCCACCGCCGGAGGCAGCAUCUCUCUGGACGGUGGCGGCUACCCCUAAGCAGGAGGAUUCCUCAGGGCUGCACAAAACGCGCCGUCACGUCGCCAUUGGCAUCUUGCCUUGACAUUCUACAAAAUUCACUAAUCACCAACAACUCGCACGGCCCUUUAGACAUUAUUUCGUACCACAGUUUCACCUAUCACCAUCAUGCACUGCUUUAUACCCUCGUCCUUGUUUUAAUUGAAAUUCAUCUCCUCUACAGACUGGCUAAAUCACGCUAAACGCAUUCAUUUCCCUUAGUUCAUCACAUUCAGCUUUCAAUGGUCAAAAUCUAUUCCUCAUUGGCAGAAAAGAGUGUUUACACUACAAAUCGAAUCAUUUUUACAAUAAUCUACUGUUCAUGAACAUGCUGUUUAUCAGUUGUUUAAUAUUAGCUAUAAAAUAGCUUUUCUGUUAAAAUUUUCUUUCUCUGUGUCAUGCUUAUCUUCAUACAGGCGCUUAUCUACAGACGUCUGGAUGGGCUGAAGACUUCCCAUUUGAAGACGAAUUCAUACCUUGCAUUAUUUAUGUUACCAUUUAUUCUAUCCCUGAAUAUCUCACAUAAAUCUCAACUAAAUCAUACAUUUUUUUUAUUGACUAGAAACGAUUUGCUUGGGCCACGAAGGGUUCAUCUGUCACUGUGAGGUAUUUUUCUUUUCACAAAAGAUUAUUAGUGCCCCCUGUUUGACAAAGGAUAAGCUCUAAACUAAUGUCACUCGUGUUAUAACAAAUUGAUAUUAGUGAUGCAUUAGCAUAUGUGUUUGUAGCACACUCUAUACACCUCCAGAUUCAAGUAGUCUUUGCACAGAUGAUAUGUUUCAUGUAUUGAGUGUUGGUCUGUUAACUUGCUGCUCACUAAUUUCUUACUAAAAGCAAGUUUUUCGCAUACAAAUCACUUUCUUGGUUCUAACAGACCGACACUUGAUUUUUGAAUAACUGUGCAUGAUUCUAAAACAUAUUGCUCAGUGAUUAACUGGCACAGUAUGUGAUAAUCUCGUUCCCUUUGUAUAAUAGAAUCAUAUUUUUGUAUGAUAUUGUAAGAUAUUUUUUGUCAUUUUUUUUUCAUGUAUUGAAUUCUAUUAUUUUCCAUGUAAGUGUAUGUCUUUACAUUUGCAGAGUAGUACCAUUCGGUUUUUUAG